GGUACGGUGCGGUACUAGACGCGCAAGACGAGGCUAACUGUAGGUAGCUCCGCGAAUCGGAAACAGCGUUUCGAAUCAGCAGAGCUUCAUUGCUCAGCUCCUAGUCCAGGAGGAGGGACGAAGGAAACAACGCUCUCGCAACCGCCGCCAUACGAGUGACACCUAGGUUCUCCAUAUGACUCCUCUCCCUCUCCCGAGUCCCAGCGAGCCCGAUCGCUAAGAUUCGACUACGACCAUCACCACCACCGCAACCAUCGUCGCCAUCUACCGUGUCCAGACACGUGCACCCGCCUCGGAUAUAUUACACAUCACCACCACCGUUAUUCAUAUCAUCCAUGACCAUCUCACCGUCACAAAACGGGAACAACAGCACAGCACAGACCCACCCUUAGGCAACGGAGGCGCGGCCCUGGGUUCCAUCUCUCCGUCCAUUUCUCCGGCGCUCCCCUAUGCGAACCAGUCGUGUCACUGUGUGGGGUACGAUAUGACGCACGCGCACGGUCACGCUCUCGCUCGGUGUGUCAACUACCAGGCGAACCAUCGUAACAUAGUACUACGUUCUAGUCACGAACACUGUGCUCCGCCCCGCCUCGUCUCGUCUCGCCCGGGCAGACGGUGUUCCACGAUCCGUAAGUCAAGGCGCCGCUCGCCUUCGAGGUUUCGACACCAGAGACGGAGACACCAGAGACGGAGACGGGGUGCUGCGGUGUUUUGCUCCGUCGGUGCACCUGUGCUGACCCACCUAUUAUGCGCGUACAUACCUAUUACCUAUGGGCCAGCCAGGGUGGAGAUAAGGCGGGCGGGUGGAAUGGAAUCAGACAGGCAGCAGCUACAUAUGAUGCAAACAGCAGAGGCGGACGGGGCCUGGGGAUGUGGAUUGGAUGGGUAUGGGAUGUGGAUGGGAUGUGGAUGGGGAUACCUGCCUGCAACUCGCGUCGGGAAACCUCGCGGACUCGAUAAGAGAUGGGGAUGGCGGAUGGAGAUGUGUUCCGUUCGGAGGGCCGUAGAUGUGCAUAGGUACUCUGGGUAAGUACUGGUACAAUGGCCAGCCCCAUGGGAUGGACCGGUCGAGCUCGAGGGAGUUAUGG